AUGGGCGGGACCUCGUCUACCCUAUGGAGCCCAUCACUCGUCUCCUCCCUUCGAGAGCCUCCAUUACUUCACAUAUCUGUUAAAAUGCACUCUCGGCUCUCUUUCCUCGUCUUGGCUCUCUUCCUACUGAUGCUGAACUUCGAAAGUACAGAAGCACUCGACCAAUUCGGAGAGGAACCCAUUUCAUAUGUGAAAAAGGGUCGACCUCAAGGACCGUUGCGCUUUGGGAAAAGGAAAGGACCGUCAGGGCCACUCAGAUUCGGAAAACGUAGCGAUGGGUUGUUGUUAAGCGACGGACUCGGUUGGGGAUACUUGAUGGAG